CCAGCGCGACGGACCGCGUGGCGCACACGCUGCUCACCGCGCUGGCGCACCAGCCGCACCACGGGAAGGAGCACGCGCACAAGCUGUCCCGCAUGGAGGCGUCCGUUCGCGCGGUCUGGGCGCGCGUAUGGGGCGCCGGCGCGCGCGCGCUGCCGCUCGCCGCCGCAUUGCUGCGCGGAGCACCCGCCCGCCACCACCACCAUCUGCUGGCCGCGCUCGAGGUGCUGCCCGACCACGACCUGUUCGAGAGUGAGGAGAUCCACGGCAUCCUGGACUGCUUCCUGAACAUGACGAAGCAGCAGAGCGGCCGAGACUCUGCGCUAGCGCACCGCGUGUGCGCGCUCGUCCGCCGCUACACCGCGCGCCGCCCGCACCGCGCCGCCGCGCUGCUGGCCGCGCACCGCGAGACCGUCGCGUGAGUGGCUCCCUCUAGACACAGGACGGCUCCCUGAACACGAAGCAGCAGAGCGGCCGAGACUCUGCGCUAGCGCACCGCGUGUGCGCGCUCGUCCGCCGCUACACCGCGCGCCGCCCGCACCGCGCCGCCGCGCUGCUGGCCGCGCACCGCGAGACCGUCGCGUGAGUGGCUCCCUCUAGACACAGGACGGCUCCCUGAACACGAAGCAGCAGAGCGGCCGAGACUCUGCGCUAGCGCACCGCGUGUGCGCGCUCGUCCGCCGCUACACCGCGCGCCGCCCGCACCGCGCCGCCGCGCUGCUGGCCGCGCACCGCGAGACCGUCGCGUGAGUGGCUCCCUCUAGACACAGGACGGCUCCCUGAACACGAAGCAGCAGAGCGGCCGAGACUCUGCGCUAGCGCACCGCGUGUGCGCGCUCGUCCGCCGCUACACCGCGCGCCGCCCGCACCGCGCCGCCGCGCUGCUGGCCGCGCACCGCGAGACCGUCGCGUGAGUGGCUCCCUCUAGACACAGGACGGCUCCCUGAACACGAAGCAGCAGAGCGGCCGAGACUCUGCGCUAGCGCACCGCGUGUGCGCGCUCGUCCGCCGCUACACCGCGCGCCGCCCGCACCGCGCCGCCGCGCUGCUGGCCGCGCACCGCGAGACCGUCGCGUGAGUGGCUCCCUCUAGACACAGGACGGCUCCCUGAACACGAAGCAGCAGAGCGGCCGAGACUCUGCGCUAGCGCACCGCGUGUGCGCGCUCGUCCGCCGCUACACCGCGCGCCGCCCGCACCGCGCCGCCGCGCUGCUGGCCGCGCACCGCGAGACCGUCGCGUGAGUGGCUCCCUCUAGACACAGGACGGCUCCCUGAACACGAAGCAGCAGAGCGGCCGAGACUCUGCGCUAGCGCACCGCGUGUGCGCGCUCGUCCGCCGCUACACCGCGCGCCGCCCGCACCGCGCCGCCGCGCUGCUGGCCGCGCACCGCGAGACCGUCGCGUGAGUGGCUCCCUCUAGACACAGGACGGCUCCCUGAACACGAAGCAGCAGAGCGGCCGAGACUCUGCGCUAGCGCACCGCGUGUGCGCGCUCGUCCGCCGCUACACCGCGCGCCGCCCGCACCGCGCCGCCGCGCUGCUGGCCGCGCACCGCGAGACCGUCGCGUGAGUGGCUCCCUCUAGACACAGGACGGCUCCCUGAACACGAAGCAGCAGAGCGGCCGAGACUCUGCGCUAGCGCACCGCGUGUGCGCGCUCGUCCGCCGCUACACCGCGCGCCGCCCGCACCGCGCCGCCGCGCUGCUGGCCGCGCACCGCGAGACCGUCGCGUGAGUGGCUCCCUCUAGACACA